UCGCACUCUCUUGCCAUCCAUCCUUCCUCUCUCCCGUCCGUUCCUUCCGCGGCAAGGAGCCACAGCAGAAACCCGAUAUAUAAUCCACCGUAGUUUUGAUCCGUAUCGAAGUUUAGGGCUUAGACAGAGAGAGGGAUCGAGAUGCCGAUCGAGAUGCCGGUAGGGCUCCCCUUCUCUGUGGACACAUGGACACCGACAUCCCUGCGGAAGCGUCACCACUUCCUGACGCACGCCCACAAGGACCACCUCACCGGCAUCGUCGUCCGCGCCUCCCGCCCCAUCUACGCCACUCGCCUCACGAAGAACCUUGCAUUGCAUUACUUCCCUCGGCUUGAUGAUUCGCUUUUUGUGGAAAUCGAGGUCGGCGAGUCGGUCGUUGUUGAUGACCCUGACGGCGCUUUCUCGGUCACCGCAUUCGACGCCAAUCACUGUCCAGGAGCUGUCAUGUUUCUGUUUGAAGGCAGAUUUGGUAAUCUAUUGCACACAGGUGAUUGCAGGCUUACCCCUGAUUGUCUGCAAAAUUUACCGUUGAAGUAUAUAGUCAAGAAAGGAAGAGAAACUCUGUGCCAUCUGGAUUAUCUAUUUCUGGAUUGCACUUUUAGUAGAUGUUGUCUCAAGAUGCCAAACAAGCAAUCUGCCAUCCAGCAGGUAAUAAGUUGUAUAUGGAAACAUCCUAAUGCACCAGUGGUUUAUCUUUCAUGUGAUCUUCUAGGCCGGGAAGAGAUUUUAGUUGAAGUAUCCAAAACAUUUGGAUCCAAUAUUUUUGUUGACAAGUCAGAAAAUUCUGACUGUUUUCAGGCCCUUUUUCUUGCUGCACCAGAAAUUCUUACAGAAGAUGCUUCUUCUCGUUUUCAGGUGCUUCCUUUAUCUAAACUAUAUGAUAAAGCAAGUGAAGAGCUUGCAAAUGCACGUGCUAGUUUUCAACCAGAGCCUCUUUUUAUUCGUCCCUCUGUACAGUGGUAUGCUAUCGAUCCUAACCGCUACAAAUCUCAAAAACGGAAAAAAUGUCCAGCAGAAGCUGAGAGGGAUGAGUUUGGGGUUUGGCAUGUAUGUCACUCCAUGCAUUCAUCUCGAGAAGAAUUAGAAUGGGCCUUGCAGUUUCUCCAGCCCAAGUGGGUUAUUUCAACAACACCCCCUUCCCGAGCUAUGGACCUAGAUUAUGUUAAGAACCAUUGCUAUAAAACUCAUAUAAGUUCUGAUGACCCAUUAUGGAAGUUAUUCAAAGGCUGUCAUGUGAAGUCCAUUCCUUCACCACCUCCCUCAGCUUCAGAGGUUCUCAAGAAUAAUGAUACCUCCAUUUUUAUCACUAAAGUAUCAACUUCUGAGAUCAAUCAGUUGCAGCCAGAAACUUCAUCUCAAAGCCAGUUUGAAGUAGAACUGGACUUAUUUCCACCAUUGAGAACACAACCAUUUACAUUAUUUGGAAGAGCAAGGCUUGGACAUAAAGAACUUGACAUAAUUAGAAUUGAUGAGAAUAGUAUUGUUGAGAUAGAAGUAGAAAGUUUUGCUGCAAAACAUGAUACACUGAUAGAACAACCAUCAUCUUGCCUUGGAUGUGAGAUUACAUGUUCAGUAAAAGUAUCGUCUGCACAGAUUGCAAUUACUGAUAGUGUAUCAUAUUCAAUGGAGGAGCAAAUUGUUGAACAGAGUUUUGCGAACCAAUCAGAUGACACUGUUAAUAGAAGAGUUGAGUCAUCUAAUGGAUAUUCAAAGAAGGCUUUAAGCAUCUGUGAACCUUGUAUUGUGAAAUCAGGAGUUGAUGUCAAAAGUGACAUAUGGAAUAUCACAGAACCAGAGGAUGAUAAAAUGGGUACAUUACCUAAUCUUGAUAAGUUGGACGAACAGCUUGAUGUUAGAAGGGACAUGCUGUGUAUUGGAUCAUCGUCAAGUUUUAACCCAAGCUUGAGAAAUCUCUAUAGAUCAAUGAAUGUUCCAGUCCCCCGACCUCUUCCAUCAGUAGCUGAGCUCAUGGAAUCCUGUAAACGUGCUAAGAAUGUUACUAGUUCAGAUAAUACUGGAUCACGGCAAUGCUAUACUACAACCGCUUUCUUGCCUUCAUAGACCAGGAUUCUUCUGUG